GUCGGCUCCUGUGAUGUGAUCGACGAAGCUAUUGCGAGAUACCAUAAGCUGGCAUUUCCUCUCUACGAUCCUGAUACCUACUCAGACUCUCCUCCCACCCUCACAACGUUGACAAUUGACGUCAAGGAGGGAUGCAAUACAAAGUUUCCACAGCUGAACAUGGACGAGUCCUAUGGUCUCACUGUCGAUGAAAGCAAAGAUGCUGCAACACUCAGCGCCAAUGAAGUGUGGGGUGCACUUAGAGGACUUGAGACGUUCAGUCAGCUCAUUUUUCAACCAGUAAGGAACCAGUACCGUAUCCGUUCGGCAUCUAUCCAAGACCAACCACGGUUUCCUCACAGAGGAACCCUUAUCGACACUGGACGUCAUUUCCUAUCGCUUUCAAUAAUUCUGCAACAUCUGGAUGUGAUGAGUCAGAACAAAAUGAACGUCCUUCACUGGCACAUUGUCGAUAGCGAGUCUUUCCCUUAUACCUCCGCCAAAUUUCCCGAUAUGUCUUUGAAGGGUGCCUACACUCCAGCUCACAUUUAUUCGAUAGCCGAUAUGAAGAAAGUCAUGAACUACGCAAGGCUUCGAGGGAUUCGGGUUAUUCCAGAGUUCGACUCACCUGGGCACUCUGGAUCUUGGGGUGCUUCGAUCUCGAAUCUCCUGCCUCAGUGCUACAACUCUGAAGGGAAGAUUGAUCAACUUCCCAACAUUAUGGACCCAACGCUCCCGGCGAACUUCAAGUUUCUUUCCGAAUUUUUCGAGGAGGCCUUAACACUAUUUGGUGAGAAGUUUAUGCAUUUUGGAGGAGACGAAGUGGAGUGGGAUAUGGAAAAAUGCUGGUUCUGUUCGAUUUCAACUGUUAUGAUAAUUGUUCCAAGUGCGUUAGCUAAUUACUGGCUAUUCAACAACUGGUAA